GAGUGCACAGGACGGUCACUGUUCAAUUUAAGAGUUUAAACAAGUUUGGAAAGGUGGUGUACUUGGACUUUGUUUGCAAAACAAAGCAAUAGAAGGUGAGGAAACCUGCAGUGCAGACAAAAAGUAUUCAGCGUCAACGAGCUGCCUGCAGAGACACACAAACUUCCCAACAUCUGGUCUGCUGGAGGACGGGGCGAGCCGGAGAGAGAAACUUUGGAGGCGGAGAGAAAACUAUCUCCGCUGGAGAAAAAUGCAUUGAAUUGGGAGUUUGGGACACCUACAUGAGUCGAAGGGAGAUCUGGUGUUCGUGUAAAGUGAUAAGAGUGGAGAGAAAGAGGACGGGAGAGGUCUUGGAGGGCGAGAAGUCCACCUGGAGCAGUUAGAGAAUGAAUUAGCCAAAGCCUCGGCUGCUCCGAGUCCCAGCCAGAGACAAGGCUCACUCCUUGGCCCCUCCACCUCCUGCCAUAAGAGCCAGGCCUACGUCCAUGGAUGAGGAGAGGAGUGACCCUGCCAUCUCCCCAGAGCCACCUGUUGAUGGGGACCCCAGUCUACCAGCUCCGCAACCAAGUUCACAUACAACCUCCUCCACAGAGAGACCAAACAGCUGCCCAAACCUAAAGCCCUGUCCAAGUGAAGAUGUGGCCCACAUAUAUACUGAGCCCCUCAUAUUAAGGUCAAAUGGCACCCCAGAAAGGCUGCUAAGCAAUGAUGGAGACAAUUGUAACAGCAGCUUCUCAAACGCGGAGCUUACAACACCAAGCAAGAGUAUCACAUCUCAACCAGCAGCCAGGUCCACGCCCAUCCAACACACCCAGCCAUGUCGGACGCAGCCCAGCAGCCAACUACGCAACGGAGCCCGGCAGCACUCACACACACACUCCUCUCACACGCACUGUUCGCAUCACACGCACACGCCGCACACGCAUACACUCCAGUCCAACGGGGUCAGGAACGGGGGCCCUCAUCCUAAGCUGGGCUCCCUCCCAAGAGGUGGCUCAUCCACCUCCUCGUCUUCUUCAGCUGGACCCAAACACACCAAGAAAUUGCAGUCCAACCCCUCCAUCACCUCCCAGAGCAGCAAGAGGAGCAAGAGCAGCUCCAAGAGCAACAGCUCCCAGAUUCCCACAGAGGCACAGGACGACUGCUGUGUUCACUGUAUUCUGGCCUGUCUCUUCUGUGAGUUCCUGACUCUGUGUAACAUCGUGCUGGACUGUGCCACCUGUGGCUCCUGCGCAGGCGAUGACUCGUGUUUCUGCUGCUGCUGUGCGUCGGAGGAGUGUGGCGACUGUGACCUGCCCUGUGACAUGGACUGUGGCAUCAUUGACGCCUGCUGUGAGUCUGCAGACUGCCUGGAGAUCUGUAUGGAGUGCUGCAGCCUUUGCUUCUCCUCCUGAGGCCCCAGCCACCACCCUGGGGGCAAAGUAGAUGCCUGCUACUCACUCUCACAAGCCCAGGAACAACUUCAGCCAGCAUCUUAUCGGAGCUGAGAAGCACUACAUGCAGUCUUUGUUGCCUGGGCUCUGUGUUUGACACUAUAUUGGCUGGCCUAGUUGGCUCCACAAUAUGUCCAAUGUUUCUUACAGGGUUUGCCAAGUAAAAGAUGUGACCUAAUGCUGAGAGCAGUCACUGGUGAACUCUUCCUUCCUUUAUUGAUCAAACGAUGGGACAGUAACUUCCCCUGCUUUGUCUUUGCUGUUGGUCUAUUGCUACACAGCUGGCUGUAUGAUUUCCAGCUGUGGUCCAUGAGAGUUUGCCGGGCUGUGCAGCAUCUAGACCCUUACUGAACAAGCUAUUAUUACAAUGGAGCCCCUUGUGCCGUCUGAAUGACUGGAGUUCUCCAAGCAUGAAAAAUGACCUCCAAAGGCAAAUGAGAAAAUGGCUCCAUUUAACCGGAUUUUAGUGUUUCUGUAGAUAAGAGCAGCAGCAUAAUGGGAAAGUGGACGCUCAGAUCUCAGUAGCAAUGUAGUCUGUCCUCCUGUCCUUGGCAAGGUUAAAGUCUUCCAGUCUGAUUGCUUACAGUGGCCUUUACAACACACACAGCCCAAGUGGCGGAUGUUGAAUUCACCGCUGUCUUUAUCCUUGUUGCAAUGUACAAAAUAGAGAAAACAAUGGUGGCUUGUGGCAAUAUUACAGAUUUUUUUUUAUUUUUUAUUUUUUUGCUAAAAUGCAUCUUACUUAAAGGACUUACUUAGAGAAAAAUCGUCAGAGCGUCACGCAUCAGCCUGGAGAUGGGUCCCAUUAAAUGAGUACUGUAAGUGAUGGACAUCACAGAGCGAGUGGUUGAUAGCAUCUGCAGUGGACAUAUUCUCUACUCUAACAUGUGAAGGGAGAGAGUUCUUAAUCAAACAUCUCUCCUCGCUUAAUGUUUCACAUCUUGUUUACUUUUAAAUUUUCUCGAGGGGCUUUGACUGUAUCCAGUGAAUUCCUCCUGGUGUGAUUGGUCAGAACUGGUAAAGGACUGGUAGAGGAUUGGAAGGCAUCAUCUCCUUUUUUAAUACAUUUCAUUUUCCUUUUGUCAUUCUAGCUAUGUGAACAAAAGGCCCUGGCUUAGCUUAAGGCCUGAAUUUUCAAGUAGAUUCCUCGCCUUUACCAAAUCUCUAUUAAUCCUUGUUUUGUAGAUUUUAGUUAAGAUAUUUGCAUUUCUCCUCUAAUGUGAAAAUCACAUUUCUGUGUUAUCAGGUUUUGCCGGGCUCUCUGUAAAGCAGACAUUGCUCAACAUCUAAUUUAAUUCCUUGAGUGAAAAUCUCACAACAUUAUGCUAAGUUAGAUCCAUAUGCUCGUAGUAUGAAUGGUACGCUUUUGAUAACAGGCCCGCACUCUCAUAUGCUCAGACACAUACCUUCUCCAACCCAAUACCUCUUGAGAUGUCACCUAGAUCUGUUGUGCAUUUUAAAAUGACUUGAUACAAAUCUCUCUCCUCUCUGAUCAAAUACUGUUUGUGCAAUCUUUUUUUCUUGGAAAUACCAAAGAGUUUUCCUCUUACUGGACCUUAGUUUCUAGACCUAUAAUUACUUGUACAUAGAAGGGUUUUUGCCCUGCUAAUAUGGCUGCGGUUGAUUAAACCCUAUUUUAAGGGCUGAUAUCUAACACUGUUGAUGAAUAUACACUACGGCUGUAAUCAGCCUGAUAACACAGAAGCAGAGUAUGCAAGUUUUGGGAAUUCAGCUAAUUAGAUAAUAUGACUCCUCGUGUCUGUUUAUAUCAGAUUGGAUAUGUUUCAUAUUUUGGAACUAAACUGAAACAGAUUCCUGGAAAGCCCUGGAAAACAAUGCAAUUCUUUACAGAACUGAGAGAUUUAUGAAGGGAAAACUGGAUUUUAUACUGUUACGUAUAGAAAUUAUAAUAAUGUCACUUUGUUUGAGUUACAAGACAUUCUAAGUGCAGAUUCUGAUGAUGAUGCUUCAUCUAGGGACAUGCUUUCUGUCACCAGACCAACCUUGUCAAAAAAAAAAAAAUAGGCCUACGUUGUGAUAAAUAUCUGUGGUGUGUACGGGGUUAACCCAUUUGAGUUUGAAACAAAAUUAAUACUGCUUUCUUAACAACACUGGUUUGUUAACAACAAUCAUUGCCAAUAAUAAAAAUGGUUUCAUACCACUGGAAUACAGUUUGUACAUUUACAUAGCUACAGAGCCAACAAGCCAAUAUUAGCAUAACUGGUCUCCAAUGUUGACAAUGGCACGGUUACUCUGCCAGUGUUAAAAUAAACAGUUCACCUUGCUAACAUGCAAGUUACUUGGUUAAGCAAGCAAUAAUAUAAAUACAUAUUAUAUGUUUCCUACUGGCUCAUUUUACUGCUAAAACAAUAGGUUCACUGUUUUUAAUCCAACCCAGUUGACAUGUUGUUUCCUAUCACUUAUGACCACAACCUCUCUCCAGCUCAAGUUUCAAGAUUCUUACCACUCUGCUGUAGCCUCUCACUAGGCUCAAACACAGAUUUGAUUUGAUUUUGCUCAAAUUCCUGCUGUAGCUGGAAAAAUAAAACCUACCUGUAAUACAAAGCAUGGCUUUGCAACUCUCUCUUUAUUUUUUUUUUACCAGUAGAUCAUUUAAACAUGUCUGGCCCUCCUGUGAGGUUCCUAUUUUCCAAAAGUAACUUCACCAAGAGGUAAAAAUUCUCCUUUUGGACUGUAAAGUGCAGUGAGAAUGUGCAGUGGAGUGGUUAGGCUGUCAAUACUAAAGCUAGGUUGUGCUAUGCGACAUAAAUCAUGUGAAACAACAUUUUAAUAAGGUCUGGCUUGAAAAACAGUGAACACAUCAUUUAAAUUUAAUUUAAUGGUAUUGGAAUAAUUUUUUAUGACUUAGUCAUUAAAUACUAUUUUAUGUCUAUACUGAGAAGUGCUGCACAAGUCAUGGAGAACGCAGGCAGUCUGGAGGAAUAGAAAACACUGAUUGGUUGGUCUGGAGAUAGAAGACACUGUCUAGACAUAGAAAGACAUAGAAUCCCCAGAUGAACACUGGUCUUGCGCUUCGAUUGUUUUCUGGAUUUUAGAGAUGAUUUGGUGAUGUGGAUUUGAUGUUGUGUUUGUACCAGGCAGGCCAUCAUCUCAUUUCCAAGUACGUCUCAUGUAUUCAGUCAAGGUAUCACAGUAAUACUGGAAGAAAACAUAAGUUUACGUUUAGUAUUAUCUCAGUAUUAUCAGUAUUUUUGUUAGAAUUACCUUGACCACAGACAUUUCAAACCGUUGACUUUUGUAGAUUUAUUAUCUUAUUAUGAGAUGGAACUUGGAUAUUGAUUUAAAGGGCUGGUCACCUCUGCCUGUAGUCUGAAAGUUAUCCUAGCCCAGCUGAAUUUUUACUAGACUGUAGUCCACUAUAAUGUCAUUUUGUUUACACUACCCCCAUUUAAUGUCAAUUUGAAUUGCAGUCCUGGAAGUCACAUUAAAAUCUCUUUGUUUAAUACUGAAUAAACAAUGUGAAAUCCA